UAGAGAUUUAGACUUUCCGACAAUGGCGAAACGAAAUGCAGGAAGCAAUGAAGGGUUCAGGGAGACAUUUAACAGGGAGAUUGGCUUGUCUCAUCCGAGGUCAAUCUCCCGUCGAAUCUGCGCCUCUGAGGGGAUAGUGAAGAAACUCGAUCUUUACGGAAAGUUAAAAGGGCAUGAAGGAUGCGUUAAUGCUGUCGAGUUCAGUUCCACUGGAGACAUUCUCGUUUCGGGUUCCGAUGAUCGACAGAUCAUGCUCUGGAACUUGUUGAACGGAACCAGGACGCUGACCUAUCCUUCCGGCCACUGUGAAAAUGUGUUCCAGACUAAGUUCUUACCCUUCACAGAUGACCGGACCAUCAUCACAUCUGGUGCCGACGGACAAGUAAGACUUGGUCAGAUCCUGGAAAAUGGAAAAGUGGAGACGAAAAGACUUGGGAGACACCGUGGUCGCGUCUACAAGCUUGCUCUUUCCCCUGGUGAUCCUAACGUUUUCUACAGCUGCGCCGAAGAUGGUUUUGUUCAACAUUUUGAUAUACGAACCAACAGUCCCACUAUGGUUUUAUACUCCUCUCCCUUCACACACGGAUGCAGGAGACAUCACUCCAGCAGCAGAAUCAGACUGAACUCUAUAGCCACAGAUCCCAGGAACCCGCAUCACCUCGCGGUCGGUGGUUCCGACGAAUACGCGCGAGUCUACGACACCAGAAGAGUGCAGCCAGCUCCCGUGUGUCGCCACGUCGUACCGGACCCGCCUGUGAACACCUUCUGUCCACGUCAACUCCGUGAAACCAACAGCGUCCACGUCACGGGACUGGCCUACUCCCAAAACGGCGGGGAGCUGCUGGUCUCUUACAACGACGAGCACAUCUAUCUGUUCGAGAAGAGCAUGGGUUUCGGCUCGUCUCCCGUCGGUGUCUCCGCUGAGAAGCUGGAGGAGAUGGAAGAGCCGCAGGUGUAUGCGGGUCACCGCAACGCGCAGACGGUUAAAGGAGUGAGCUUUAUGGGUCCGAACGAUGAGUACGUGAUGAGUGGUUCGGACUGUGGUCAUAUCUUUAUAUGGAGGAAGAGAGGAGGUAAGCUCGUGCGGGCGAUGGUGGGUGAUAGGCGAGUGGUGAAUCAGCUCGAGUCUCACCCGCACAUGACGUUUCUUGCGUCUUGCGGGAUUGAAAGAAGCGUUAAGCUCUGGACGCCGGUGUCAAACGAUGUCGUUUCUCUCCCUGAAAACAUCGAAAAGGUUAUGGAAUCGAACAGAGUAGGAAGAGAAGACCAGUCGAGGGUGACGUUGACCCCUGAAGUAGUCAUGCAUGUUCUCAGGCUACAGAGACGUCAGACAUCGGCUUUUACGGAGAGGAGAUACGUUUUAGCUGACGUGGACGACGGUGAUGAAGAAAAUGAAGCUCGGUUUAUUUCAGGGUUAGUAGCUGGCGAGGAUGUGUCUUCUUCAGAAAGAGAAUGUAAUAUGAGCUAAAAGUCCUAAACUAGUGUGAUAUAUAUAGUAAGAGUAAAAGUGUUCUCUUUCAUGUGUUUUUAAAUAUACUUGUUGAAGUAUUUUUGCUUGUGUUUGUAACUCUUAAAUAAAUGAAAAUAAAAAGAGAACGUUUAGUCA